AAACAGUGCUGUAUUUUUAUUUUUGUUUGACACAAAAAAAGCAAGACAAAUUCAUGUAAUAAAAACAUUAUGCCGUUUUCUUUUUAAUAAGUAAGGUUUUUAAAUUUGAGUACUUACGUUAUGGCUGAAAGAGGGGCGCAUUUAAGUCAGUUACUUCUAGAUUCUAGUAGGCCAUCGAUUUUUGAGUUAGUUGCUCAGGAAGGACUUAAUCAAGCCCUUCGCGGGACCAUAAAGUUCGUCUUCAGAGUGUGUGCUAAUCAUUAUCCGGAAACAUUUGGUUUAUCAUUUCGCUGGGCAAAUGAAAUUCAGUUACUAUUUGAUUGUUUUCUGCAAAACUAUUACCUACGAAACUAUGGUUUGUUGAUCAUUUUCAUUCAACUUAUUUACAUUUUUCAAAUACAUCUUUGUGAUUUACAGAAAUGUUGUGCUUUUUUUUCAGGAGCUUCAUUUGCUGAAAAUUUUUAUGGAUUAGAACGAGUCACAAAAGAAGACUGCACUUUGAAUGGGAAAGGAACACUUCACUCUCUAAUCAGUUUGACAAUUCUGCCAUAUGCCUUGUCCAAAUUAGAUGCCUACUUUUCAGAAAGGCAGCAGCACAACCAGCAACAUCCUGUUCUCAACUUUUCUAGUAUCCGGUUCAUCUAUGAUUUGAUAGUCUUAGUGAACUGGAUGCUCUAUACAUGGGGCAAAUCUGUGACCCAUUCACCUAUUUUGCACCUUCUUGGAUUGAAGUUAAAACAUGGUGGUGACAACAGUAGCCCUGGCAUUUCACUCACUAAAAUAAUUGAACUGAGUGCCUUCUUCAUCCAAUUUCUUGAGUGGUGGUUUACUAAUCAGUCAUCACAGGCUAAGAGUAUGCUUUCCUUACCCAUUCCACCUCCUCCACAUUCCAUUGUACAGAAUCAACACUCCAAACCAAGGACUGGUGUUUGUCCCCUUUGUCAACAGCAAUGGAAAAAUGAGUGCGUUCUUCGCGUAUCAGGUUAUGUUUACUGCUAUCGCUGCAUUUUGCCCUACCUAAAAGAGAAUAACAAAUGCCCCAUCUCUAAGCUUCCAGCGUCCCCAAAUGACCUGAUACGUAUAUUUGCCAACGCCGAGUAAACAACGUCCCAAAGAUUUGCAGAUUUCGAUCCUGUGGAACAAAUUGCACAAUAUUGAUGUUAACUUACUUUCAAACAGAUACAUAUAAAUACAAGAUUGAAAUACAUCUAGAAACAUAAUUAAA